AAAAAUAUAAAAAAAAUCUAGUAUAAGAUAAAAAUUUUAUACAUAUAUAUAUUUUUAUACAUAUAUUUAGAACGAAAAGAUAUUGACGAAUAUUUUUUAUGGGCAAUCAACAAGGAAAAUUACAACACCAAACACAGAGUGGCCGUCCCAAGAAAGCUGUCCAUUGGAAAUCUGCAGAACGUCCCUCGGCACCCGGACGUCCUAUACUAAUUCCCAUUUCGGAUCAGCAACCCGAUGUCGUUUGCCUACGAUGGGAACGUCCAAGACUCGAUGGAGGUUCUCCCAUUACCGGCUAUAUUGUCGAACAUCGUCGCAUGGGCUCGCCUCACUGGGUGAAAAGUACCCCAAUACCCGUUACAAAUUGUGAUGUGGCCAUAAGUGGUAUGGAACCAGGUUGGCGUUAUCAAUUUCGUGUUUUUGCCGAGAAUAUUGUUGGUCGUUCGGACGCCAGUGAACUAUCCGAUAUACUAACAGUGACACUGCAACGCAAUGCCAUCAGCGUACCACGCUUUAUUGACGAACUACAGGAUAUGCAUGCUGUCGAAGAUGAACGUGUCGAAUUUCGGGUGAAAUUCAUUGGCCAACCACCACCCGAGAUCAGCUGGUUCAAAGAUGGCUAUGAGAUUUUCAGUAGCCGACGAACGAAAAUCGUAAACGACAACGACGCUAGUGUCUUGAUCAUACAUCAGGUGGCGCUGACCGAUGAGGGUGAAAUCAAGUGCACGGCGACAAAUCGAGCCGGUCACGUGGCGACAAAGGCAAAGCUUUUCGUACAAGCUCCGCCCAAAAUUCGUUUGCCACGGACCUAUGAAGAUGGCCUCAUCGUGGAGGCUGAAGAAGCACUACGCCUAAAGGUGGGCAUUGCCGGCCAACCUUUGCCGCAAAUAACCUGGAUGCAUGAGGGUGAGAUGGUUCAGAAUGGCGGGCGAUUUGAAAUAACGAAUACCGAUAAAAAUUCAAUGUUAAAAAUUGAUAAUGUUCAGCGGGAUGAUAGGGGCGAGUAUAGCAUUAAGGCCUCCAACAGAUUAGGCGAAGAUGUUGCUUCAUUUUUGGUUACAGUAACGGCUAGACCCAACCCACCCGGCAAGGUACGACUGAAUAUGUCAUUCGGUAAAUCGGCUACAUUGUCAUGGACGGCACCCAUUGAUGAUGGUGGUUGUAAGAUUGGAAAUUACAUUGUGGAAUACUUUCGCAUUGGCUGGAAUGUCUGGCUUAAGGCGGUUACAACUCGUUCACUCAGUACGACACUGCACGACUUGAUUGAGGGUUCGGAAUAUAAGUUCCGUGUUAAGGCAGAAAAUCCUUAUGGUGUUAGUGAACCAAGCGAGGAGUCGGAUAUACUUUUUAUACCCGAUCCCAAGAGAGGUAUAACGAAGCCCACUUCACAAAUUCAAAUCAAUGAAGAAGCAGGGAAUAAGCCAGUGCCACCUCGACGUAAAACGUUAUCGCCACAAAGACCAACUGCCGAUGCUGCCACCGAGACAGUGGGUCACUUCUCACCCAAGGCUGCUCGGAAGAUAACACCUCAGGUCUUCGAUAGUGAAGAUUUACACCGUGAAAUGUCUUAUGGGACAUCGGUGAGGAAGAGCCCCUCUCCGUUCACAACUAAGGAGACUGCAAACAAUGCUAAACCCACCACAGAGAAAAUGCCCAACAAUUUGACUUUGAAUAUUGAAGCUGCCAUCGAAAGAGAAAGUCGAUCACCAGAACGUUCACCAAAGACUCAAAAGAAAUCGCUUUUCUUGCCGGGAAUUUUGAAAGCUAAGGAGGUGCCAACAAGCAUCAGCAAUGUCACACAAGCACCAAAAACUGCCCCGGUAGCGGAGAACUCGAAAAUCAUUGAUUUCAUGAAACCCCGUAAUCGCAGCCUCAGUCCACCUCCGGAUAGUGGAAAACCCACAAAAACUAGUAACACCGCAACGACGACAACGGCAUUGCAACGCAGCUCAGAGCCCGUCAAAUUGGGAUCAAGUCAAAAUGCCACACGUUUUACCGGUCUCCAAGCCUUGUCUCCGGCUGCCCGCAAUGCACCCGCUUUGGCCAUAGCCAUUGCAACCAGUUCUCUGAGCAAAGAGAAAACCCCAACCAUAGAAAUUAGUGCUCCACCCAAGCUAAUUGUGACCACAGCAGCACCCUCGCCCCCAACUUCACCGAAAAAUGUUACAACUACCAGCUUUGCGGCGGCCACUCCCACCGUCAACUCCCAAACUAUGGCAUCCCAAAAUCCAACUCGCAAAAUGUCUAAUACCGACAAGCAUGACGAAGUUCACACCAGCAACGAGUUCAUGCUUGUGGUGUUCGACAAGAACAGCAAGGUCAAGGAUAAAGACAAGCAAGAUUCCUUCGAAUUGGAUCUAGAGGAUGCCAUACAACCUCCCCCCAUUUCCAUAUCGGCACCCGAUUUAGCUUUGCUGGAGUAUACAUCAGCCCUGCACACGUUCCCCUUACGACGUUCGGUCAGCUCUACGGAAUUGUUGUACGAGCGAGCUAUGGCCCGCUUUUACGAGGCUGUAGAGCUGGAGGAGGCGGAAAAGGCCCGAAAACUGAAAAUAUCUCAAGACAAAAUUGCCGCCCCCACAAAUGUGCGCAAACGUUUGGGUUCCAUGACCGAAGCGGAACGUUUAUCCUUCGAGAAACGUAGUGAAAUGAGAAGGCAGUCAGCCGACAUUGCCCACGACAUCAAAUCAUCGGCACUACACAAAUGGAACUCGAAGGAAAAUAUCGGCGAUAUGAAACCGCUGUCCCGCACAAUGCCUCAAAUGUACAACAAACGUCAGGAGAGCCAAGAGAGUGGUGAAAUCAGUGAUGAAUAUCAGACCCGGAGUGAACCCAAUCAUCGAGAGGAUAGCUACGAUUUGGGUUCCGACUACACGGAGAGUACAGCUUCAUCGGAUGCGGAUUCCAUAGAAAAAUUCAAAAUGGAAUUAAUGGCCCGUACACAUUCGCCCAGUCCUAGAGAAUUGGAAACCUAUCAUCCACGGAAUAUGUCGGCAGGGGUAUUCACCCCAUAUCGGGCACCAACUCCCGAUGAAGCUGCCUUGGUGCUGACCAGACCUGUACCAUUGCCCAGUCCUGAUUUUGUACCGAAACCCAUUCUUAAGCGACCUUCCUAUGAGAAUGUUCUGCAAGCAAAUAAUAACCAGUCCAUGGAACCACCGAACAGUCCAUCAUCAAAUGUCAAGCCCGAAAGUCCGGCCAGUGAUAAAUUGGAUAUUGCCAAGGGCAUCAAGUCAUUCUUCAAGAGAGAUAAACGUUCCGCCACCGAAAGAAAUACCGAAGAGAAUGAAAUGAUUUCAAAUCCGCAGGAGAAAACCAAUGCCUCACUACUGAAAGCUGAGGCGGAGGCCAAACGUAAAGCCAAAGAGGAGGAAGAGGAGCGUAAGCGAAAAGAAGCCGAACGGGCUAUGAUGGAGGAGGCUCGUGCAGCUGCAGAUCACUACAGUGAGCUGGUACAACAGGUGAGCACAACUAGGAAAUAUCAUACACCGCUCUACAUGGACCAGGAGGAACUGAAGAAGAUAAGCGAAAAGGUCAAGCAGGAUAACGGGGCAGAUGAGGAUGAUACCGAUUACAAUACGCUACAGCAGAGAAGAUCACACAGUCCUGACAUUGCCCUUAUACCGCCCAUUAGUAAUAAACCAAGACUUUCGAUAUCGGAAAGAGGUCAGCUAAUGCAUGUACGGGAUACCGCCAGUAAUAUGUCCGUGAAGCAUGACACUUUCAAAGCGGAACCAGAAUCCGAAACACCAAAGUCUGUGUCUGCAACAUCUCCUUCUUCACCCCCCACAUCAUUGCCAACAACACCACCGGCUGUGGAAGAUGAAGAAAUCGUAACUACAACCGUUAUCAGUGAGACUGUAGAAGAACGUCCCGAUUCUCGUGGUCGACCCCGUUUGGUUAAAGUGAAACGAAUUAUCAAAAAGAGAAUGCCAUCGGGAACACGGUCACGUGAUACAUCACUCAGUAGGCCACCCAACAAACGAAUUGACAAUGACAUUUCUCAAUCAGUUUUAUUGAGUACCUCUUCCUCACAAGAAUCCAUGGAUGUUGUACCACGACCAUCGACUCCAUUGUCCGAUGAAGAGGCUCAUGAAAAAGUACGCUCCGCCAUUUCCUAUUCCACCGAUAUGGUUCUUUUUUUGGUUGCAUGCUAUAUUUACUUGUUCAAAGAUGCAAGACUGGUACUGCCCAUAUUGGCCCUGAUGAUCUAUCGACAGUUGGGUGAAGCCAUCAGCAAAUGCAUACCCAGUUGGUUGAAACGCAAAAAGGAUUAAC